AAAUGGCAGGAAAGGUUAAACCUAUCGACAGACAAUCUGUGCAUCAGAUAUGUUCUGGUCAAGUUGUCCUCAAUCUAGCUACAGCGGUCAAGGAACUUGUAGAAAAUAGCUUGGAUGCUGGAGCCACCAGUAUCGAAAUACGACUGAAGAAUCAUGGAUCAGAAUUACUUGAAGUGAUUGACAAUGGGUCAGGGGUCAAGAAAGAAAACUUUGAAGCUUUAACUUUGAAACAUCAUACAAGUAAACUGAAUGACUUCUCUGAUCUUGCUGGCGUUAGUACGUUCGGGUUCAGGGGUGAAGCUCUCAGUUCCCUCUGUGCUCUAUCUGACUUAACAAUCACAACUUGCCACACAUCUGUUGCCAUAGGAACUAAGUUUGAGUAUGAUCAUGAUGGAUUGCUAGUGAAGCAGACUCCAAUUUCUAGACAGCCAGGAACAACUGUAAGCCUCCAGAAUAUAUUCUCAACAUUUCCUGUACGACAUAAAGAAUUCCUGAGAAAUGUCAAAAAGGAAUUUUGUAAAAUGGUUCACCUGUUUCAGGCAUAUUGUUUGAUCUCAACAGGUGUUCGUAUCACCUGUACUAAUCAAGUUGGAACAGGGAGGAAAAGUGUUGUAGCACAGACCCACAAUAACAGUUGUAUUCGUGACAACAUUAGUAACAUCUAUGGACCAAAGGCCUUACAAAACUUGUUAGAUCUAAAACAAAGUGAGCCCUCUAUAGAUUGUUGUGAAGAAUUCGGUGUCAAAAUAUGCUCACAAGAUAAAAGUGUAUUCAGCAUCUCAGGUUAUAUAUCAAGUUGUGAACAUGGGUCAGGUAGAAGCAGUGCAGACAGACAAUACUACUUCAUAAAUACCAGACCAUGUGAUUUUCCAAAGGUAUCAAAGCUUGUAAAUGAAGUUUACCAUAUGUACAACAGGCAUCAAUAUCCGAUGGUAGUACUCAACAUAACUUUACAAAAAGAUUAUGUUGAUGUAAAUUUAACACCAGAUAAACGAAAAAUACUUGUACAAGAAGAAAAGACUUUGUUGGCAGUCAUUAAGACUUCACUUGUAAAACUAUUUGAACCACUGUCCAGUACCUACCAACUAAAACAGCCUAUGAAAUCUAAUUUAUUACCAAGUAGUUUUACUAGUAGAAUGAAAUGUGAUUCAGUGGAAAUUGUAAGAUCUGGAGAAAAACCAAUGUCAAAGGUUACCAAAGCUACUUUAUCUAAUUUGAAAAGAUCUUUCUCUCAUCCAGAUGCAGAGAAAAAUGACACACUUGAAAAGAAAUCUAAAUGUCCCAAACUUGAUAAUUUCUUCACACGGUUACCAUCACAAUCUGACAAUGAGACCAGUGACGAUAUUUCAGCAGGCAGUCCAGAGAAAGUUGAUGAGCUCUCGUACUCUAACAUUAUUGAUAUCAACCCAAAGGACAAUACAGUUUUAGAUGUUAUUGAAACCAACAAUGAGGAAUUUAAUGGAAAAACUGAUGGAAAUGAAUCCUAUAAAACAGCAGAUGGUAAAGGCAAUCAUGAGAUUUCAUUACCAACAUCAGAACAAUCAUGCAUCAUAAAAGUAGAGAACUUUAAAAGUUUCAAAGAGCUCAAACAAGAGAGUUCACAAAGUUCCUUGACAAACAGUUUUCAUGAUUCACCAGUGUUGGCUGGUGAUCACAGUGGAAGUGGAGAUCUAGAAAGACCAUCUACUGAUGUUAAGUUAAAAAGUGAAGAUUCAUUUGAAGCUGUCGAUAACAGAGGAAUUAGUGAACAAAAACUAGAUAUAUAUGUCGAUGAAGCAUCCACAGUUUUGAAAAAGAAUGUAACCAUUCCGUUUAGUUUUGAAGGUCUUAAAAAAUGUCUUGUUACAGAAGAAGUUGUUUCGGGAUCUGAUGCCAAUGUUGGAUCAUUCCAUGCUUCAAUCAUUCCAGCUGAUAACACCGCUGCUGAAAGUGAGCUUGUUCGUCAUAUUAGCAAAGACAUGUUUUGCAAAAUGGAGAUCCUUGGUCAAUUUAAUCUGGGGUUCAUUAUUGCAAAGCUGAAGAGUGACCUUUUCAUUAUUGACCAGCAUGCAACCGAUGAAAAGUUCAACUUUGAAACAUUUCAAAGAACAACUACUCUACAAAGCCAGAAGCUAAUACAACCCAUGAGGCUUGAACUAACAGCUGUAAAUGAGUCUAUACUUAUGGAUAAUAUUGAUAUAUUUCGAAAGAAUGGCUUUGAAUUUGAGAUAUCAGAAGAUGCACCAUUAACACAGAAAGUUAAGUUGGUUUCAUUACCAAUCAGCAAAAACUGGACAUUCGGCACAGAUGACAUUAAUGAGAUGAUCUUCAUGCUAAUGGAUGCACCAGGAACUAUGUGCCGUCCUUCACGUGUUCGGCAAAUGUUUGCCUCCAGAGCCUGUCGAAGUUCAGUGAUGAUAGGAACUGCACUCAAUCAAUCCGAUAUGAAGAAGCUUGUUCAUCACAUGGGAGAAAUUGACCAACCAUGGAACUGUCCUCAUGGUCGACCUACAAUGCGCCACUUGAUUAAUUUAAAGAUGUUGCCAGAUUAAUUAGUAUGCGAUUCAGUGGAUCUUUGCACUAAGCUCCACCCCUUGGAUAUUGUUGCUAAGGUCACGUUUGUGGGACUUUAAGCAAACAAAUGCACUAAGUAUUCCCAACAGCGAAUAUAUAUCACUGUUGUACUUGUAGGUGACAAUCCCUACUACUAAUUAAUACUGUUCUGUGUUUCAACUUACUGCACUUACAGGCUCAAAAAUUCAUAGCUCUUGUCAAGUACUAAGAAGCGAAAGAAUUUGAUAUAGAAUAAUGUAUUUGAUUAUUCUUUAAUUAUUGUCUACAACUAAAUCAAUAUUUUUUUAAACAGUGGUUUUUGCUAUGUAGAUGAAAAAGCAAUAAAAUUUAUCAUAAAAU